UGUUUUUUAAAUUGGAGUAAGGCCUCCACUGCAAUGGAAGCAGAUGGAGUGGUUGAAGGUUUUUCACGCAGCAUUGAAAUGCAUGGUCUCAAAUAUAAUAAAUUAAUAGGAGACGGAGAUAGCAGUGUGUUAAAAAAAUUAAAUGAAAUAUUGCCAUAUGGACCAGAUUUUUUUAUAGAAAAAAUAGAAUGUCGAAACCAUUUGCUAAGGAAUUUCGGUCAAAAAAUGACAGCUUUAGCAAAUAAAACUGAAUUUCCUAUUAAUUUGAGAAAAUUUAUUUUAUCUCAAAUUCUAAGAUUUCGUUCUGACGUUACCAAGGCAGUACAAUUUAGAAAAAAACAAGACUUACCUAAGGCUCAACAAAUUACAGAACUCAGAUCGGAUAUUGCUAAUAGUAUUUAUCAUAGAUUAGGCCAACACACGAAUUGUGCAACUUACUUUUGUCUUGGACAAAAAGAAGGUGAAAUAAAUUUAGUACCGCAGGCUGAAGAGUGUGGUUUAUUACGAGAAAUAAAUCAAAUACUGUUUCGACUUACUAGCAACGCAUCUAGCCUUUUAUCGGAUGUUGAUAAUAACGCUUGUGAAAUUUUUAAUAGUGUUAUUAAUAAGUACAUAUCUGGAAAAAGAAUAAAUUUUUCACAAAAAAAUUCUUACAGCACUAGAGUUGAAGCUGCUGUAAUUGCAUUUAAUUCAAAACAGUAUCUUAGGCAGGUUCAUAAGACUAUGCAAAAUAUAAGCCCAGGAAAAUUUGGCAAAAAAUAUUUAAAAAAUGUAGAACGUAUAAGAGCCAAUUGUUUAAAAAGACGACAAUUGUUUUCUAACAAUACUAGCUCAAAAUUCAAAAGCCGAUCUCAAUGUACAGCAGCGGAUCAAAAUUAUGGGUUAGCUGAACCAUUAAUCGAUACAAUGAUCAAAGAGGAUUAUGACAAAAAAAAAAUUUUAUUUUUACAAAAACUUAAUGAGGCUGAUAGAAUUGAGAUCGAAAUUUGUACAAGAGAUCAAAGUAAUAAUUCUCUUUGGUUUAAAGAAAGAAGACUUCGAAUCACAGCGUCAAAUUUUGGCACGAUAUGCAAAAUGCGACCUUACACUAGUUGUAAGAAAAAAAUCCAUAGCUUGCUAUACGCACCAAAUCCCAAAACAAAACAACUAACCUAUGGUAAUGUUAUGGAAUCGAAAGGUCGGAAAAAGUUCGAAGAAAUGUAUAACGUAAACGUCCAAACAUGUGGUCUUAUUAUUGAUUCUGAUCUACCAUAUUUGGCAGCAAGUCCAGAUGGUCUAGUUGGAGAAAAUGCCAUAAUAGAAAUUAAGUGUCCUUACAAUGCUCGUAAUUCAGAAAGUCUAAUCGAAGCUUUCAACAAUAAACUUGUAAGUGAUGGGUUUUAUUUAAAUUGUCUUUUGCCUGAACUCGUCGAUCCCUUAUAUGGCAAAAGAUUGUUAAUAAGUGAUAUCAGGGAUCCGGAUGACAUUUUAGAAAAACAGCAAGAAAGAUUUAAAAUAGUAUCGUUGAAAAAAAUUAAAAAAUCUUAA